CUAAAAUAUAUACAAAUCAAGAAAUAACUCUGCUUUUUCAUUUCUAGGUCUGCUCUUACCAUGGCCAAGGGGAGGGGCAUUCGUGGAAAGUUCAAAUACAUCAAUAAAGGCAGUUUCCAAAAGAAUCAUGAGAAGGUAGAACCAUUCAGCAGUAGUAAGGAGCUCAGAGAUAACCUACCACCAAGGAAGAUACAUAGACUUUCUAAGGAUAUGCAUGAUCUUGUUUUAAAGCAGUUUGGAGAAGCAUAUGUACAGCCUGACAUUCAUGGCAACAAUGGGUCUUCAAUGGUUCUGAGACCUAAACCAGCUGAACCAGAGCCUCAUGAAAAAUAUACAAUUAGAGAUCAUCCUAAUUCUAUUCCAGAUGAGAACAUCAUUGUAAGUCAGAAUCUUUUAUUAGUUAUGAUGAAUUCAGUUUUCACAGCACAUUCUAGCCAUAAGCCAGAGAGGAAAUGUAUGGGGGACCUUACCUUUAACAAUAAGAUACCCUUUGGCUUGUGUUGGAAAGUAGCAUUUCAAUGUGAAAAAUGUAACUUCAUAUCUCCCUUAUAUCAAUUGUAUGAAGAAGUUGAAUCUGAGGGUAAAAAAGGUCGUAAAGCGGCAAAGUUAAAUACUCAGGUAGCAGUUGCUCUACAAGAGGUCCCAAUAGGUAUAGAAGGAUUCAGAAAAAUUUUGGCCACAUGUAACAUUAAACCCUCUUCAUCAUGGGGUAUGCAUAAGAUGAGUUCUAAUGUCAGUAAAGUCACGCAAGAAAUCUGUGAUAAAGAUUUAGAAAAAAGAUGUAAGCAAAUCAUUGAUAUCAAUAAAAUGCGCGGAGUAAAUGAUGACCAACAGAAUCAAGUGUCAAUAUCAACCGAUGCCAUGUAUGACAGUAAUGUUUUAGGAGACAGGUCCAAAAUGGGGCAGCAUGCCACAAGGGCAGUUAGCAUUGCAACUGAAAAUAAUACAUCAAAAAUGCAGAUCUUGUCAUAUAGCUUCAAGAACAAAUCUUGUUGGAGAGGGGCUGCCUUAAGAUCUCAGGGUUUCCCGGUAAAGUGUCCAGGUCAUGAAAACUGCUCUGCCAACAUGAAUCGCGCGCACGCAUUUACAGAAUAUGACAUGGGUCAUGAAAUCGCAUCGAAAUUAGACAAGGCAGAAUUAAAUGUAGGGUAUAUAACAACAGAUGGUGAUGCAAAAGGUUCUAAGGGAGUGCAGGAUUAUUAUAAGAGUAAAAGAAAUCACAGGGUAAAAAGAUUGUCUGAUAGAAUUCAUAAAGAGCAAUUGCAAUACACAAAAGGAGUCAAUACUCAGUUCAGCAGGAAUAUGUUUGAGGGGACCAUAAAGGAAUGUGGGAAGCUCCAAAAAGCAUUCAUGAAGGAUGUCAAAUAUAGAUGCAGCACUAUUACCAGAAAUUUGGCUAAAAAACACCAUGAUCUGACUCUGGCUGCUUCAACAUUUACUCUCAUCCAUAUAUGUAAGAGCAUUAUUCACUGCUAUGAUGGCCGCCAUGACAUUUGUAAGAAAAAAUUCAAUGGCUGUGAAGGGAAAGCAGGUAAUAAUUGGUUAAAAAGAUCAAUUUUUCUGAAGGCUUGUGGCUUGAAUGAGACAAAUAUCAACAUGACUGAUGAAGAUAAAGACAAACUUCGUGAGAUUGUAGAAUUACGCCUCGGACCAGAUGCCAUUGAACAGACUAGAUACAAUACACACACCAACAAGUGUGAGUCAGUAAAUGCUGUUAUCAACAAGACUCUCCCAAAACGCAAUGUUUAUUCUGCAACUGCAUAUGGACGGCUUACAUCAGCCAUAUUGCAAGUCAAUCAUGGUCUGGGCAAUAGCACUCAUCUAAAAUUGAAAUCUCUUAGAGCAAGCCUACCCAAAGGAUCUUCUGCCAGUAUCGCAAUCCACAAAAUGCAGAGAAGAGCUAUGUAUUUUAAAAAAUACAAAACCAGGAGAUAUGUUAGGUCAAAUAGAGCAUUUCAUAAAGCUUAUCAUCUCAAUGAGUAUUUCAGGGCAGCAGAUGAGAAAAAACAAAUUGAUUACAUGAAAUAUCAGUUGGAUCGAAGACCGAUUCUGAAGGGCGACCACAAUUAUGCUGCCCCACCCCCCCGCUUCUCCCCUAGACGGGCUGACCACACCUAUGCAUUGAGGAAAGUAGGUAAAUAGAUGGUAUACAUACCUUUAAUAAUUUAGGUGUAAGAUACAUUCUGGGUAGGGAUCAUGACCGAUACAAUUCCCCAUAUUUACACAAAUCAAUCUUGUGUUAUUGAUAGUAUGGGGCUCAAGUGUCAAAUGGUCAGGAUUUAUACAGCACCUAUUGUGACAUAGAUGCGAGAUGUCACCAUCUAGACCUAUUUUCUC